UGGGGGAGGGGGCAGAACGGAGAGGACGCUCAGCAUUCUCCUUCAGUCUGCCUUUCCGUUACUGAUUCAGCGGAGGUGGAGAUUGUCUAUCCCACCCAGUCAGCGGCAGGCGGGAGGAUCCGCCGAGACCAUCCCAGGAAAAGCUCUCGGAGGAAAUCGCGGCAGCGGGGGCAGCAGCCGCAGCAUGAGCGCGGAGCCGGGGCCGGCCGCACGGCUGGGCUGAGUGCGCGGAGCCGGCCUCGGGGCAGCAGCCCGCAGGUGAAAAACUGCUCAGUAUUUCACUGAGAUACUGAAAAAACCUGCCUCGCUGACUUUGCCCAUUUGGGACUUUGUGAUGGAAGCCUUGUAUUUACGAGUCUCUUUGCUGCUGCUGCUUUUGGGAUUUGUCUUCUGUGACAGCUCUGACAGAUACGCUACCAAUCGGAGUGAUGUGGGAAUCUACCUUUCCACUUCCUCAGGGAUUGAAUCCAGCCUACUCCCCGCCACUAGACGGCCCCUGGUAUCCAACCAAACUGUCAAAUGCUCCCAGCAGACUAAGAUUGCUGAAACUUUUAAAUACAUUAACACAGUGGUAUCUUGUGCUAUUUUCAUCGUUGGAAUGGUUGGGAAUGCAACUCUGCUGAGGAUCAUUUACCAGAACAAGUGUAUGAGGAAUGGCCCAAAUGCACUGAUAGCCAGUCUGGCACUAGGAGACCUUAUCUAUAUUGUCAUUGAUAUUCCUAUCAUUGUGUACAAGCUCCUGGCUCAGAAGUGGCCUUUUGGAGAUUCUGAAUUUGGGCAGUUUCUUUGCAAAUUCCUUCCCUUUAUACAGAAGGCAUCAGUGGGAAUCACAGUCCUUAAUCUCUGUGCACUUAGUGUGGACAGGUAUAGAGCAGUUGCCUCCUGGAGCCGCGUUCAGGGAAUUGGAAUCCCUAUGAUCACUGCUAUUGAAAUUUUCUCCAUUUGGCUUCUGUCUUUUAUACUGGCUAUUCCAGAAGCCAUUGGUUUUGCUGUGGUACCUUUCAGAUACAAAGAUGAAAGUUAUGUUACCUGCAUGCUCAACCCUACAAAUAAAUUUAUGUUGUUUUACAAAGAUGCAAAGGAUUGGUGGCUGUUUGGCUUCUAUUUCUGCAUGCCACUGGCGUGUACUGCCAUCUUCUAUACGCUAAUGACUUGUGAAAUGUUAAACAGAAGGAACAGCAACUUGAGAAUUGCUCUCAGUGAACACCUUAAGCAGCGCCGAGAAGUCGCAAAGACAGUUUUCUGUUUAGUAGUGAUAUUUGCUCUUUGCUGGUUCCCCCUCCAUUUGAGCCGAAUUUUGAAGAAAAUGGUAUACAAUGAAAGAGAUCCCGGCAGAUGUGAACUGCUCAGUUUCUUGCUGCCAUUGGAUUAUAUCAGCAUCAACCUGGCAACUAUGAACUCUUGCAUAAACCCAAUAGCACUCUAUUUUGUCAGCAAGAAGUUUAAAAACUGUUUUCAGUCAUGUCUUUGUUGUUGCUGCUCCCAGUCAAAAAGUUUAGCGACUUCAGUGCCCAUGAAUGGAACAAGCAUCCAGUGGAAAAACCAAGAAUUAAACAAUCACAACACAGAUCGAAGCAGCCAUAAAGACAGCAUAAACUGAAUACUAACGACUCUGUCACCACUUCGGAAUCAAUCAGAAAAAUAACUAUCACAACAAAGUUGUUUCUACAAGAAGCCUAAUGAGCGUUCCAUCAUCAAUUCAGAAGUGUACAUCCUUGUAGCUAUCUCUAGAGUUGACAGACUACAGCUGUGAUGCUUUGUGAACUGAGAUCUACUGGAUGGUAAUUCUGUCUCUGAGAGUUAUGACGAGUAUGAAACCUAAAAAAUGACACGACCCAUACAGGUGGUUUGCUCUUCCGAACCAAGCAGAAACUAUCCAACGUUUAACUGGUACAUCAGUCUUCUUACCUGAUUGUCACUAAGAAUUAUCACUAUGGAAUUCUUCUGAAAAUAUCUAAGUGGAACCUGUGUAUAUUUCCUCUCUGCCCAUUUGUCUUUCGACUUCUGUUUUUGUGGUGGAUAUAUUCCAUGCACCACUACAUUUUUCGUAUUGUUGUCAGUAUUUUUACUCAGAUUUAUUUUGGAAAAUGUUUUGUUCCACAUCAGUAUGUUAUUUACUUAUUGUAACAUAAGUCAUGAUAUCAGCUGGGCAGCUCACACUUACAGCACUUGAGUACCCAAAAAUAGGAAGAAACCAUACAAAAGAGCAACGACAUUUGGCACUUAAGCACCGAUUAAUACCAAAAAAGAGGUACUAAUAAUGCAGUACUGCGCUGUGUUAUUUAUUUUAAAGCUUUGUACAAAAUAAACAGUUUAUAUCAGAAAAAUGAAUAAAAGAUGUCCUCAGGCAUCUUACAAUGUGUUUUCAAUUAACCUGUCAUGUUAAUUCGUAAACUAUAUUAACAUAUUAAUCUACUUAGACUAUAGCUGCUUUAAAUCUGUGUCAAAAUGAGUCACUGGAACACAGUGAAAUAUUAAUAAACCUGUUCAAAGAGAUCUGAGAAUAUGAUUACUUCCAUAGCAACUGUGCAUAACACUACUUACACAUGGUGAACAAGAAGCUACUACAGUCAUAGCCAACGCAGAACUGUGGAAGUCCAUAAGAGUUGGAUAUGCACACAGGUAUUUGGUGCCAUUUGCUUACAGAGGUUUUUUUUGCCUUACUCUCACCAUGUUCAAAGAUUUUUACGAGGUUUGACAGAAUUGUUAACCAAAAAAUGCUGUUAAUAACAUAUAGAAAAAUUUGCUUGCAUACAUAUAAACCAGUAUUUUACUUAUUUAUUUCCACCUAUUGUGGUUACAUGGCAAGAGAUUCAUUGUUUGGUGUAAAAAAAUUAAUGGUAGGCUUAUUCAGUAGUGGAAUUACACAGCAUGGUGUCAGAAAUGCGCACAAACCUGCCAGGAAAUCUGUAACUCUUUUGUGCCAUAUUAAGAAACAGUAACUGAAUUCCCACAAUUUUUUGCAAGUGUUACUUUUCAAGUAAAAAAUAUGCAGGGUUCUACCAUUAUUUACAAGGUCAAAAUGCUAGUGCCUACAGUGAAGCCUGCUGCACAAAUUUCCCAAAUGUUUACAUUCACACAGAUCUUCUCAAGUAUAUUAAAAAAAACUUUUUAACUUA